GAAGCAAUGCCUCAACCUCUCAAAUAUCUCAAAACCCCAAAAAACAGCUAAACUAUAAAGUUCACCAAUGCCAAUCAUAUGUCACCUUAGUCUUCUACUUUUCUAGUUCCCUUCCAACUUAUUUAUCUUCAUUCAAGUUCAUCCAUAGCUGCCGGAAAAGUCAGAUUCCGACAACUUUUCCGGUCAUCGAUAUGGGUACAGUGGAAAGAUCCAAGAAAAAGGUCCAAUUAUACAAUAAAGCUAUAUUCCACUUCUUCUUGUGUUUUGUUAUGGGAUUCUUCACCGGCUUCGCCCCAACGGGUAAGUCACUUUUUUCUAGACCUGUUGUCGCAUCGAAUAGAUCAGCAUUUUCACCACAAAGUCUGAGUCUGAGUUUGAGUCCGAGCCAAGCAAGAACACAGAGUGACAGUUUCAACACAAGUUUGUUAGAUGAAACUCCUAUUGUGGCAAUACCAACAAAGUCAAAGUCAAAGUCUGAGUUUGAGUUUGAGUUUGAGUCUGAGUUUGAAUUCGAGCAUGAGAGAUUAACAAAUUUGGAAAAAGUCGAGUUGAUCCCCAAUAGGCUCAUAAUUGUUGUCACACCGACUAGUGUGAAGGAUCGCCUUAGAGCGGUCCAUCUAAGGAGGCUAACAAACACAUUGAGAUUAGUUCCUCCACCAUUAUUGUGGAUGGUUGUGGAGCAAAAGUCUAAUUCAGCUCGAGUUUCUGAAAUACUUAGAAAAACGGGUAUUAUGUACCGUCAUUUGGUGUUCAAAGAGAAUUUUACUGAUUUUGAAGCGGAAAUGGAUCAUCAAAGGAACCUUGCGUUGAAUCACAUCGAGCACCAUAGGCUAAGUGGGAUCGUUCACUUUGCCGGGCUCUCCAAUGUUUAUGAUUUGAGCUUCUUCGAUGAGAUCAGAGCCAUUGAGGUGUUUGGGACAUGGCCAAUGGCAAUGCUAUCUGCAAAUAAGAAGAUGGUGAUGAUUGAAGGACCUGUAUGUGAUUCUUCAGAAGUUGUAGGAUGGCAUCUGAGUAAUAUGAACAAUUUAACAGAUACAAGUUCACCAGUUCAUAUUUCUAGCUUUGCAUUCAACAGUUCAAUCCUGUGGGACCCUGAAAGAUGGGGUCGCUCAUCUUCUGUCCAAGACACAUCACAGAAUACAAUUAAAUUUGUGAAGAAAGAAGUUCUUGAAGAGGAGACAAAGUUGAUAGGAAUCCCAGCAAAGGGUUGCUCCAAAAUCAUGCUCUGGAAUCUCCAUAUUCCAACACCAAACGCUCAAAGAUAAUAUUGCAGACAUCAAAUUACUGGGUUGCAUAUAUUGAGAAAGACAAGUGCUCGAGAUUUUGAUAUAUCAUAGAUGCGUUUUGUAUUAUAAAAGAGUAUUGAAGGCAAGUUUAGUAGAUAGAUAGAGCAAUAUAUAUAUAUAUAUAUAUAUUUGUAAAAAUUGAUAUGUAUGCUCGAGAAUAUAUGGUAUUGUAUUUUGAUUAUAUUUUUGUAAUUAUAUAUAGUGAAUAGAAACAUCUAGUGAUA